GAGCCCCACACCUCUUUGAAGCAAUAAAAAGCCCCCAGAGAGCCAAGGACCCCAGUUAGAGCGGAGAAGGCAGAUCCACCACAGCACUACCAGUCGGGCGACCCAGAAAUCUGAGCACAAUGGCUGCAACACUCGGCUUACUGCUGGCUACUUUCAUCAUCAGCACAGUUACAGAUGUGUCCUACAGUCUUGACUCCUGUGAGCCUGGAUGGACGAGCUACUUCAGCGAUUGUUACCAAUACUUCCCAAUGCCGAAGACCUGGAUUGAUGCUGAGCUUUACUGUGUCAGCCUUGGAGGAAACCUGGCGUCGGUCCACAGCAGCGGUGACAACCACUUCAUCACCAGCCUGAUUAGGAGAAGUGACUCCCAUAACCCCAUCUCCUGGCUCGGAGGCUCCAACUCUGUUCGGACCUCAUCGUGGCUCUGGACAGAUGGGUCCGAGUGGGAUUUUAAAAACUGGAAUCCAGGUGAACCCAACAAUGGUCGUGGCAUUGAGCACUGCUUACACACCAACUAUGAUGGUCCAGGAGGCUGGAAUGACGUCAACUGUGAAUAUCAGUAUCCAUUUGUCUGCGUCAGAAACGAAUGGCUAAUGCUGAAGAUGAAAAAGGAGGGAAGCCACGAGAGACACUAAAGAUGUCCGAUCUUCAUUACACUUCGGCUGUUUCUAAAUAAAAACACAUCUAGCAUUCA